GAGAAAGGAAGAGAGCAGAGCAACGGCUAACGUGAUGAGCUAACUGAGGCGACGCCUGAAAGGAGGAAGGAAACCACACACCAGCAGCGAGUCUCAUCCUCUGCACAUUUCCCCAUUCCCAGUUCUUUGCUCAAGGGCUCUGUGAGCAGCGGAGCUGCAGAUGAGCCGGAGACAGCCCAAGAGCCCUCUGUGGAACAGCUGCUGCUGGGCUUGCUCAGUGUUCUGAACGAUGGGAGGCUUUGCAAACCAAAGCGCUGCCGCCAACACCACCGCAGCACCUGCGGGCACAGCCUGCCACCGCGACACCACCGUCACCCACCUGGUGUUCCCGGUGCUGUACACCCUCGUCUUCCUCCUGGGGCUGGUGCUGAACAGCCUGGCUGGCUGGGCUUUCUUCCACGUCCCAAGCACGACCACCUUCAUUGUCUACCUGAAGAACAUCUUGGUGUCUGAUUCCGUGAUGACCCUGAUGCUUCCCCUGAAGAUCCUGACAGACUCUGGCCUGGGCCCCUGGCAACUGAAGGCCUUCGUCUGUCGCUUCUCGGCCGUGGUCCUCUACGCCGCCAUGUACACCAGCAUAGUGCUGCUGGGGCUCGUCGCCCUCGACAGGUUCCUCAGGAUCGUCAGGCCUUUUGGGAGGUUCUGGCUGCAGAGCCUGACCUCGGCAAAGAUCCUCGCGGCCCUGGUCUGGCUCUUCUUCUCAGCUCUCUCUCUGCCCAACGUGCUCCUGUCGAACAAGCCGGCGACGCGGCGCUCGGUGAGGAAGUGCACCUCGCUCAAGAGCCACCUGGGGCUCAAGUGGCACGAGGCUGUCACCUACAUCUGCCAGCUGGUCUUCUGGAGCGUCCUCCUCCUCAUGUUCCUCUUCUACUUCAUCAUUGCCAAAAAGGUGUACGACUCUUACAGAAGAACACAGAAGACAGACAACAGCAGCGAGCGGAGGGUCAAGGGGAAAGUGUUUGUCAUUUUCACUGUCUUCUUCCUCUGCUUCGCCCCCUUCCACUUCAGCAGGGUGCCCUACACCCUCAGCCAGACCGGUGCCCGCAUGGACUGCCGCCUGCAGAACCAGCUCUUCGUGGCCAAGGAGAGCACUCUGUGGCUGGCCACCACCAACGUCUGCAUGGACCCCCUGAUCUACCUGUUCUUGUGCAAACCCUUUGUAGAGAAGCUGCUGUGCAGGAGAGCAAAGCCCUGCCAGAGAACAGCCCCGGCCGAGCCCAAACCAGAGCAGGACUCACAGAUGCCCUCAGCUCUGGAUUCUGCGGCUUCCCAGGCCACAGCCUCCACACACUCCUAGAGAGGGCACAGCCAGGCUUGGUCUGCUGCCAUGGAAGUGCCCAGGUGAUUGUAUUUUAAUAUCAACACUUAAUAAAAAUGGCAACCUGCAUUUCCCUGCUGGUGAUCACUGCUUAGCCUCAGCGGGCCAUGAGCUGUCACUCC